UCUUUGUCAGUCCAGUCUUCAUUUCCACUGCUCCAAAGAUGAUGCUGCUGCCCCUCCUGCUGCUGCUGUCAGCCACAGAUGUCGGCUGGGCUCAACGAGUGUUGGGUCAAAAGAAGUCCGGCGCGUGUGUUUGUGAGGUGAAUUCCACCAUGUGGUCGUUCCCUGCUGCGAGGUUUGAGGAUGUGCUGCUGCAGGUUCACACCUGCGAGGGAUCAUUGAACAACCUGCAGGAACAGGUGACGAUCUCCAACCAGCGUCUUCCUGAAAUCCUGGCCCAAGUUUCAAAUGUGACAGCUCGACUGGAACCCUACCAGUACCUGCAUGACCAGGGCCUGUACACGACGCUGGCUCUGCGCCAGCUGGGCCAGGAGCUCAUCCAGUUGGAGAUGGACAUCGACGUUGUCCACAAACAGCGCAACAAUGACCAAACAAGGAAACUCACAAAAGAGGUGGACAAACUGCAUAAAGAUGUAAAGAAGAUGCAAACAUCAGACACAAUUAAUAUGAAAACUGUCAAAGAGAAACUGCGCUACCUGAAGAACAAUGUGGAAUCCUGCAAGUCAAUCCCCAAAGACCACAGAAGCCAGCACAGAUACUGCUACAGAGGCCUGAUCAGCAACAUCAGCGACCCUAUCACCACUAAGGUCACUCCUCAUGGAAAGAGCUACAUCUCUGGUUCGUGGGGCAAACAGGCACAAAUACACAGUGAGAAGCAGAGGAACAGCUAUUGGGUUCAGCCGCUACUCAGCAGCAACAUCUGGGGAAACACUGUGCGUGUUUAUCAAACCUACGAAGACUUCAUGGCCUCCACCAACCAUAGAGAGUUUACCUUUGCUCCAUCCUACACUCACUCCAAUACCAUUGAAGGUCCCAGUGCCGUCCUGUACGGUGAUGCUCUGUACUAUCACUGCUACCGCUCUGCAGACAUCUGCCGCUACGACCUGACGGGCAACAGUGUCAAACGGGUAACACUUCCAGGCACCGGUGUAGGUUUCAGCAACAAGUUCCCAUAUUGUUAUUAUGACUGCCGCACUUACAGUGAUGUGGAUGUGGAGGCAGACGAGACAGGAUUGUGGGCGCUCUACGCAACUGUCGGUAACCAUGGUAAUCUCGUGGUGAGCAGGCUAGGCUGGGACAAAGAGACUCAGACUCUCAAUGUGACGCAGACGUGGGAGACGAGACUGUUCAAGAAGGCGGUGAGCAAUGCUUUUAUGGUGUGUGGUGUGAUGUACGCCACUCGUUAUGUGGACGAGUACCGUGAGGAGGUCUUCUACGCUUUUGACACAGCCACGGGGAAAGAGGACAACUCACUUGCUCUGCCACUGGAGAAGGUCGCUAGAGGAGUAGCCAGUCUGAGCUACAACCCCACCAACAGGCAGAUCUACAUGUACAAUGAUGGAUACCUUCUGGCCUAUCAGGCCCAAUUCUAAGCUGAAGCUGAUUGAAUUGACAAAUUCUGAGCAGUUAUGUUCACAAGUCAUAAUGAGAAGCAGAGCUGCAGAAAAUCCAGUUUAAAGACUAUUCUACAUGAAAUAUUAUUGUUUGGUUGACUCAAAGUGUAAAUCAUGUACACAUUUAUAAAUGUCUUUUUCUCACAUAGGAACAUGUAAAAGUAGUGUUAAAAACUAUGAUGAAAGUAAUCAAUGUGGCCCUGUGAUGGACUGGUGACCUGUCCAGGGUGUAACCCCUGCCUCUCACCUGAAAUGAGCUGGGAUAGGCUCCAGCAGACCAAGGGAUAAAGCGGGUAUA